CGUCGCAAGAGGGGACGCGUGGGAGACGCCACCGUCGACGUCGUAGCCGUCGCGAUGCCUGUAGCUCCUAGGACAGCGUCAACCUCUGAACGCCUCAGGCUCACCACAGCAGUCACUUGUUUCUUGUUCUUGGAUAAGCGUAAAAGCCCCCAGCCGCCGCCAUGGACGCGAUCAAGAAGAAGAUGCAAGCGAUGAAGCUUGAGAAGGACAAUGCUCAAGACAAGGCCGACGCGAUGGAGGGCCAGGCCAAGGACGCCAACCUCCGCGUCGAGAAGCUCAACGAGGAGAUGAGAGAUCUCCAGAAGAAGUUGGCCCAAGUGGAAGGCGACCUCACCUCGACCAAGAACUCGCUGGAGCAGGCCAACAAGGACCUCGAGGACAAAGAGAAGGCCCUCACCAACGCGGAGUCCGAGAUGGCGUCCCUUAACCGCAAAGUCCAGCUCAUUGAGGAGGAUUUGGAGCGUUCUGAGGAGCGUCUGGCCACGGCUACCACCAAGCUCGCCGAAGCCUCCCAAGCCGCCGACGAGUCCAGCCGUAUGUGCAAAGUGCUGGAGAACCGCUCCCAGCAGGACGAGGAGCGCAUGGACCAACUCACCAACCAGCUCAAGGAGGCGCGUCUGCUCGCCGAGGACGCCGACAACAAGUCCGACGAAGUGUCGCGCAAGCUGGCCUUCGUUGAGGACGAGCUCGAGGUGGCUGAAGACCGCGUGAAGGGCGGCGACGCCAAGAUCAUGGAGCUCGAGGAAGAACUGAAAGUCGUAGGCAACUCGCUCAAGUCUCUGGAGGUGUCGGAGGAGAAGGCCAACCAGAGAGUCGAGGAGUUCAAGAAGCAGCUCAAGACGCUCACCGUCAAGCUCAAGGAGGCGGAAGCCCGGGCCGAAUACGCGGAAAAGACUGUGAAGAAGCUCCAGAAGGAGGUCGACAGGCUCGAAGACGAGCUUGGUAUCAACAAGGAUAGAUACAAGUCGCUUGCGGACGAAAUGGACUCCACUUUCGCCGAGUUGGCUGGUUAUUAAGAGAUCUUACGUCAGGUUCGUGGUCCGAAGGAACAUCUGCUUUGGAUCACCGAGAGGUUCUUUGUUUGCUACAUACUUAUUUCCGGUGUAUUUAUAAUUUAACAUCUUUUACAUUGUUGUUCGGUUGAUAGUGUGCCCUAAGCUGCUCUAUGUUUGCGUUAGGAAACCUAUGAUUAUUAAAAUGAUUAUAAAUAAAAUGUAAUAUAUUAUUA